AUGCCGUCAAAUGCUCUCCAACCAGAAACCUGCGGUGAGAAGAAGAUAUCGCAGGUGGUACGUUCCCACGUGUUUGUAAAUAUACCUCAUCCAGAAUUUGUUAGUAACAGGUUGCUGAUCGGGCUUCAUAUAUGGAUAAUACGAAGUUUUAAGAGAUGGCUAUUUGAUUUGUGUAAAAGGGAUAUUUACGCCAGAUUAUCUCGACCUAAUUCCAUUGAUGGAGGCAUAAAGAAUAGGAAUCAGUUCAUACCAACAUCAUGGUUUAGAUCUGGAACCGGAUCUCCUCUCCUAGAUUUCAGACAUUUUAAUGAAGAAGCCAUUGAAAACAAUGGACAACAGGAUUCAAUCGCGUCUGUCCUUUGCUGCAAAGGGGACUUUUUUGUGGCUGGAUUUUUAUCAAAAGUUGUUGAAGAUUUGUCACUAUUGCAGGAUGAGAAGAGGCUAAGAGAGGCUUUGAGUUUUGCAAAUACUCGUGGUGCAGUUAAUGUGACAAAGAGAGGGGCAAUUUCGGCAUUACCCACUAAAGAAGCUGUUACGGAUGCUUUCCUCAACACUGUUUUAAAGUACAAUGCUAUUUUUUGCAUCAUGAUCAACUUUGUUGGUAAAAAAAGACAAUCUUAUCCCCCUAAACCUGAUGCUAUGGUAAAUGAAAACUGUAUGGAUAUUUUUGGAACUACUGCUGAUGUACAAACUUGA